ACACAAAAGACACUACUUAGUAAAAGAUGUAACGUAAGCAUAGUCUGAAUUUUUUUUUCUAAACUCUGAGAGCAACGGAGAGAAAAUAAAAGGAAGAGGUUGCGUUGUGUGUCCCUGUAGUGUGUUUGCAAUUAACCCUGCACUGAGUCAGAAUCUUUGUGGGAACGAGUCAGCGAGUCGAGUUGCCAUCACAUGGACCCUCUGGAAGCAGUGGUUGCCCAAAUCCAAGGGCUAUCAAGCACCGCCAGCGACAUCGCUCGUCUUUCCAUCAUAUUGAAGCAAAACGAUGACUCGCUCCGCACUGAGUCGACUCGGUUGCCCCCCCUUCUCUCCCAGCUUGACCCCUCAAUCCACUCUCUCGGUUUUCUCUAUAUCCUAGAAGCGUCCACGGCUAGUUACGUUUCGAAACAGCAAGCUGAGACAGUAGUUCCGAUCAUUAACAAAUUUAUUGCUGCUUGCAAUGCCGAGCAGAUUCGGUGGGCGCCUGAUAAAUUUAUAUCUGUAUGUAAGAGGUUGAAGGACCAAGUGAUGCUGCUGGAUGCUCCCAUUCGGGGUGUGGCUCCUUUGUUGACUGCUCUUCGGAAACUUCAAGUCUCUAAAGAACACUUGACUCCCCUACAUGCAGAGUUUCUUCUGCUUUGCUUGUUGGCAAAGUGCUACAAAACUGGUCUAUCCAUAUUGGACGAUGACAUUUUCGAAGUAGACCAACCGAGAGACCUUUUUCUCUACUGUUAUUAUGGAGGCAUGAUAUGCAUUGGGAUGAAGCGCUUUCAGAAUGCAUUGGACCUUCUGCAUAAUGUUGUAUCUGCUCCCAUGUCUACCAUAAAUGCUGUAGCUGUUGAAGCUUACAAAAAGUAUGUAUUGGUUUCUCUCAUUCGUCAUGGGCAGUUCUCUACCAGUCUUCCUAAGUAUUCUUCUUCAGUUGCUCAAAGGAACCUAAAGAACUUUUGUCAGCCUUACAUUGAAUUGGCAAAUAGUUAUAGCACUGGAAAAAUUGCAGAAUUAGAGGCAUACGUCAAGACAAAUGCAGAAAAGUUUGAUUCUGACAACAACCUUGGACUGGUUAAGCAGGUUGUAUCAUCCAUGUAUAAGCGGAAUAUACAGAGAUUGACCCAGACAUACUUGACCCUUUCUCUCCAAGAUAUAGCUGACAGGGUGCAGUUAAAUAGCCCCAAGGAAGCUGAAAUGCAUGUGCUACAAAUGAUUGAGGAUGGUGAGAUACAUGCAACGAUCAACCAGAAGGAUGGAAUGGUGAGAUUCUUGGAGGAUCCUGAACAAUAUAAAACCUGUGAGAUGAUUGAGCAUAUUGAUUCGUCAAUCCAGAGAAUAAUGGGACUAUCAAGGAAACUAACUGCAAUGGAUGAACAAAUUUCAUGUGAUCAGUUGUACUUGUCUAAGGCCGGUAGAGAGAGACAGAGAUAUGACUUUGACGACUUUGAUGUUCCAACAAAAUUCAACAUUUAAGGCUAGGCCACCUGUUCAUAAAAGAUUAUAUGGUGCUGAUGAAUAUCUGAUCCAUUAAGCCUUUUCCUUUUCCCUAUUUUCCCCCCGAAUGGAAGAGAGCAUCUGAGAUUACAAACCUCUUUCGGAUGUUGAAUUUUCUUUGCUUAUAAAAUAUUUUCAGACCUUGUUAUGUCAUGAAUUAGCUCGGAGGCUGUUGAAUUUGUCUUUACUUAUCAACUAUUUACAAACUUUAAUGCAUCUUUUGCACAUUUGUACAUGCUCAGUUGGCCAAGCAUAAUGCAGUAAUAUGUUG